AUGACCAUGACGCGCUUUCGGUUUUCUGCAAUUUUCGCCCUCAUCGCCGCAGCUGCACUCGCCGCGACAACGGCGGACGCACUGUACGCCUCCAUGCCGCCGCGGCUGCGCGAGACCAGCUCAGGCUGGCGCCCUUGUGACCCGAAUGUGCCACAGUGGAGCGGCUACUUCGACAUCCCCGGCUCUGCGGGUGACAAGCACUACUUCUAUUGGGCGUUCGGGCCGCGCAACAAGAACCCCAAUGCCCCUGUUCUCCUCUGGAUGACAGGUGGCCCAGGCUGCAGCUCGAUGCUCGCACUACUCGUGGAAAACGGACCGUGCUUGAUGAAUGAGACGACAGGGGAGAUUUACAACAACACCUACUCGUGGAACAACGAGGCGUAUGUGAUUUACAUCGACCAACCGGCCGGUGUGGGCUUUUCGUACGCCAAUGCCAGCGACGCCGACAAAAACGAGGAGGAAGUGUCGAAUGACAUGUACAACUUCGUGCAGGCCUUCUUCGGUGCCCACAAGGAAUUGCGAAACAAUGACUUCUUUGUGGUUGGUGAGAGCUACGGCGGGCAUUACGCCCCUGCGACAGCGUAUCGCAUCAGCCAGGGCAACCGCAACAACGAGGGCCCGCAUAUUCGCUUGACUGGGCUCGCCGUAGGCAACGGCCUCACCGACCCGUACACCCAGUACGCCUCGUACCCGCCAAUGGCAUGGGACUGGUGCAAGGAGAAACUCGGCGAGCCGUGUGUCAAUGAAGCGGGCUACAAACUGAUGCAGGGAAUGGUGCCAGCGUGUCAGAAGUUUAUUGAGGUUUGCGACUCUGGCGACGGUGUUAUUGCCGAUGCGGCGUGCAUGAUUGGACGUGUCACGUGCAAUCCAAUUAUUGGCAUCUACAGCGCCACAGGGCUGAACAACUACGACAUUCGCAAGAAAUGUGUGGGAACUCUGUGCUACAACUUUGAUGGCGUGGACAAAUUCAUGAACAGAGGAGACGUGCAGAAGGCCCUCGGCGCUGAUCCACAACCCUGGGAGUCAUGCAACAUGUCCGUCAACCUCAUGUUUGCCAUUGACUGGUUAAAGAACUUCAACUACACCAUUCCCGCUCUUCUCGAGGAUGGUGUCCGCGUGAUGAUCUACGCAGGGGACAUGGACUUCAUCUGCAACUGGAUCGGCAACAAGAACUGGACCCUGGCAAUGCAGUGGCCCGGCCAGGACGCGUUCAAUGCGGCCGCCGACGUCCCAUUCGCGACACCGGACGGCACCGUGGCCGGCCUCAUUCGCAGCGUUGCUACCGACACGUCGCCGCUGCACUUCAGCUUCGUGCAGGUCUACAACGCGGGGCACAUGGUGCCGAUGGACCAGCCAGCUGCUGCCUCCGCCAUUAUCAACAACUUCAUGCAAAACAAGCCGCUCAGUUGA